AGGAGUCCCCUUGGAGCCCCGCCCCUGCCCGGCCGCGCCUCCUUGGGCGGGGGGAGCGCGCGGUGCUGGCGGGAGAGGGCGGCCAUGGCGGGGCCCAGCGACCCCGGCGUCCCCGCCGCCCGCUGGAAACGCCACAUCGUGCGGCAGCUUCGACAGCGAGACCGAACGCAAAAGGCCCUCUUCCUGGAGCUGGUGCCGGCCUAUAACCGUCUCCUAGAGAAAGCGGAGCUGCUGGCCCAGUUCUCAGAGAAGCUGCAGCCAGAGCCCACCGAUGUCACUCGGGCUCUCCACCAGGGCGGCUGGGAGGAGGAGUCAGGGCCUGACUCAGACGGAGUCCCAUCACCAGCAGCUCUGAGGGUGAAGUGGCAAGAGGAAGAGGAGGGGCUCCGGCUGGUGUGUGGAGAGAUGGCCUACCAGGUGGUGGAGAAGAGCGCAGCCCUGGGCACCCUGGAGUCACAGCUGGGGGAGCGGCAAAGCAGGCUGGCAGCUCUGGAGGCCCGCGUGGCGCAGCUGCAGGAGGCGCGGGAGAAGGAGGAGGGACAGGUGGAUGCGCGGCGCGCGCUGAACGUGGCACAGCGGGCGGCCUAUGAGGCGCUGCGCGUGCACGUCGGGCACCAGGAGGCGGCUCUGCGCAGGCUCGAGGAGGAGGCACGCGACCUGCUGGAUCGGCUGGUGCGGCGCAAGGCGCGCGCCGCAGCCGAGCGCAACCUGCGCAACGAGCGCCGCGAGAGGGCCAAACAGGCGCGGGUGUCCCAGGAGCUGAAGAAGGCAGCCAAGCGGACAGUGAGCAUAAGCGAGAGCCCAGACACAUUAGGCGAUGGGAUCAGAGAGGAAGCAGACACUCUGGCUCUGGCAGCUGAGCCAGCGUUCCUGGAGAGUGAGGCUGGUGAGAAAUGGAAGAGGCCCUUCAGGUCUGCCUCCGCCACCUCCCUGACGUUGUCCCGCUGUGUGGAUGUGGUGAAGGGGCUUCUGGAUUUCAAGAAGAGGAGAGGCCACUCAGUUGGGGGAGCCCCUGAGCAGCGAUACCAGAGCAUCCCUGUGUGCGUGGCCGCCCGACUUCCUACCCGAGCUCAGGAUGUGCUGGAUGCCCACCUCUCCGAGGUCAAUGCUGUUCGUUUUGGCCCCAGUAGCAGCCUCCUGGCCACUGGAGGGGCUGACCGCCUCAUCCUCCUCUGGAAUGUCGUGGGAGGGCGCCUGGAGGCCAACCAGACCCUUGAAGGAGCUGGCGGCAGCAUCACCAGUGUGGACUUUGACCCCUCGGGCUCCCAGGUACUGGCAGCUACUUACAAUAAGGCCGCCCAGCUUUGGAAGGUUGGGGAGGCACAGUCCAAGGAGACACUAUCUGGACACACAGACAAGGUGACGGCUGCCAAAUUCAAGCUAACGAUGCAUCAGGCGGUGACCGGGAGCCGGGACCGGACAGUGAAGGAGUGGGACCUCGGCCGAGCCUACUGUUCCAGGACCAUCAAUGUCCUUUCCUACUGUAACGAUGUGGUGUGUGGGGACCAUGUCAUCAUUAGUGGUCACAAUGACCAGAAGAUCCGGUUCUGGGACAGCAGGGGACCCCACUGCACCCAGGUCAUCCCUGUGCAGGGCCGGGUCACCUCCCUGAGCCUCAGCCACGACCAGCUGCAUCUGCUCAGCUGUUCCCGAGACGACACGCUCAAGGUCAUCGACCUGCGUGUCAGCAACGUCCGCCAGGUGUUCAGGGCUGAUGGCUUCAGGUGCGGUUCUGACUGGACCAAAGCUGUGUUCAGCCCAGACAGAAGCUACGCACUGGCAGGUUCCUGGGAUGGAGCUCUUUACAUCUGGGAUGUAGACACUGGGAAACUGGAGAGUAGCCUUCGGGGACCCCAUUGGUCCAGUAAUGAGGGGCAGAGCCCAGCAGUGGACGCCCCCUGAAGCCUGCCUCUCCCUCUCCUCAGCGCUGCCGUCAAUGCCGUGGCCUGGUGCUACUCUGGGAGCCACGUGGUGAGCGUGGACCAAGCCAGGAAGGUUGUGCUCUGGCACUAGUGCCACGACUCCCCUGCCUGAGCUGGAGCUCUAGUCCAAAGCCUGAAGCUGGAGGACAGCUUCCCACUGCCCCAGAGGCUCCAGGGCCAGUAGGGGUGCAGGGAUGGGGGUGGCAUUUAGUGGGUAAGAAGGCCUGGCAGGACCUGGCCUGUUUGUUUAAAAACAAAGUGUGGGUUGGGGGGGAUUACUGUAUUGUUUUGUUUUUUAUCUCUGGCAAAAGUGGAAAAAAAUUACAUUUAAACUGG